AGUCUAUGGGCGGUACUCGUCGUCGAGUGACAGGUAGAAGUUUCGUGCUCGAUUCAAAUUAGUUGGCUGGAAAAGUACGAACGUUGUAAGGAGUCUCGUAUGUGUGUGCGUGUGCGCGUGUGUAUGUGCCGGACAUUUUAUUACGUUUAAAAAGCGUAUCUUCUUACGUGAUCUACACUUUUUUCCACGCGAUCUACUACCCUUUGCCAGAAAGAGAAUUAGUUUGCGAGGUGUAGCAAUACGCUUUUUUCCCGGACAAGAGACAAAAUGAAGGAUAGCUACACGAGGGGAGAAAAAAAUUCAUGGAAAUUUGCGGUAUCAUCGAAAAAUCAUUCGGCAAAAGAAGAAACAAAAAAAUAUAAGUUACGACAAGGGACUGUAAAUAUUUUUGAGAGGAAAAUUUACAACAUAGGUUUCAUCCGAAACUAUCACAGCAAGGAUGUCGACAAUCGUAUCCACUCGAGAACGAAAAGCGACACCUUGGCCGCAUCCUCUCGACUACACAAGGAUUUAAACAACUUGAAAUGGUUUCCACGGUCGCUUCUCAUCACAAUGCCAAAUUCGAGAAUCUUUUGGAACUUGACUUCUCCACGGCCACCAAAUUGUUCGAUUGUCCGUCUCGAGUGGUUCCUCUAUUGUCGGUUGGCCGCAGCUGUUCGAACGACUCUUAAAUCGCAAUUAUGCGAGAACGUUCGAACCCACUACACUAGCGAUGGGAGACGAUGGAAGGUGGCAUUUUCUAACGUUUCGCUCAAAAACUUAUCCUUCGUGCGGACGACAAUGCUCAUGGAACGAAUCCUUCAGAGAUAUUGAAAUCAUUAUCAUUUUAACAGCUGAUCAAUUUUCGAAGAUCAAUUUUCAUUGGAAGUAAACAUUUGGUCGGAUAUCAUUAUCAAGGUUUAAGGUACACACACUCAAACAUAAAAAUUAAUUAUAGGAAC